UGAAGAAGUGCUGCACCACUGCUAACCGCUCAACCUGAUCAAGCCCUUCUCACUAGCAUCUGUGAAGGAGGGGUGAGACAGCAUGUGAGUGCUGCUUGUUGGAGCCCUUUUUUUUGUGGAUGAUAGACAAACUACAGGACAGCACAAUGGCUCAAGUGGAUACAGAGUUUGGUGUGAAGGGCAGCAGCAUCAUCAGGGAAUGGAGUGGACAGGUCCAGCCUGCUCUGGUUGCCUCCUUUGUUUUCCUCUUCUGUCUGGAAGCAUGUCUGUGGGUCAGGAACCUCAGGCUCAAGAAAAGACUGCCGGGACCCUUCGCCUGGCCCGUGGUGGGCAAUGCCAUGCAGCUGGGCCAGAUGCCUCACAUCACCUUCGCCAGGCUAGCCAAAAAAUAUGGCAAUGUGUACCAGAUACGGCUUGGUUGCAGCGAUAUUGUGGUUCUCAAUGGAGACAGGGUGAUACGUCAGGCUCUGAUACAGCACAGCACAGAGUUUGCAGGCAGACCAAACUUUGUCUCUUUUCAGGCUGUCUCAGGGGGGAAAAGUAUGACUUUCACCAAUUACAGCAAACAGUGGAAGAUGCACAGGAAAAUUGCUCAAUCAACGAUCAGAGCAUUUUCAUCUGCCAACAGUCAGACCAAAAAAGCCUUUGAGCAGCAAAUUGUGGCGGAAGCCACAGAGCUAGUUGAGAUUUUCCUUAAACUCAGUUCUCAGGGCCAGUAUUUCAACCCCGCUCAUGAGCUGACAGUAGCUGCAGCUAACGUGAUUUGCGCCUUGUGCUUCGGAAAACGCUAUGGACACGAUGAUGUUGAGUUCAGAGCCUUGUUAGAGAGGGUAGAUCAGUUUGGACAGACAGUAGGGGCUGGCAGCUUGGUAGACGUGAUGCCAUGGCUCCAGUCUUUCCCCAAUCCAGUCCGCAGUGUCUUUAAAAACUUCAAAGACCUGAAUAAAGAGUUCUUUGGGUUUAUCCAGAACAAAGUAAAGGAGCACAGAGAGACAUUUAAUCCAGAGGUAACGAGGGAUAUGAGCGAUGCCUUUAUUGGCGUCAUUGACAAAGCUGACAUUGACAACGGACUCACCAAAGGCCACACAGAGGGGACGGUGUCAGAUCUGAUUGGAGCAGGUCUGGAUACGGUCUCCACAGCGCUUCACUGGAUUGUCCUCCUUCUGGCUAAACACCCUGAAACCCAAACCAAACUACACGAGCUCAUAGACAAAGUGGUGGGCCCAGACAGACUGCCAUCAAUUGAGGACCGAAGCAACCUGGCAUAUCUGGACGCCUUCAUCUAUGAGACUAUGCGCUUCACGAGCUUCGUCCCCGUCACCAUCCCACACUCCACAACAUCAGACGUCACUGUUGAUGGUCUCAACAUCCCCAAAGACACGGUUGUCUUCAUCAAUCAGUGGUCCGUCAAUCAUGACCCACUGAAGUGGAAGGAUCCGCACGUCUUUGAGCCCUCGCGCUUCUUGGAUGAAAAUGGCUCCCUAGACAAGGAUCUCACCAACAAUGUUAUGAUCUUCUCAGCAGGGAAGAGAAGAUGUAUUGGGGACCAGAUUGCCAAAGUCGAGAUAUUUCUGUUCUUUGCAAUUCUACUCCACCAGUGCAGCUUUGAGAAAUGCCCCAGUGAGGACCUGUCUUUGAACUGCUCAUAUGGUUUAACACUGAAGCCAUUAGAUUACAAGAUCACUGCCAAACUCAGGGGAGAACUACCUAAAGGCCAAUAAAAAGCUGUUUGACCAUGGGUCCUCCAAUUAAAGAAGAGCAAUGCAAUAUGAGGUAUGUGUUCUAAAAUAAAUAUUUAUGCCUUGCAUCACAGAGUAUUUUUUAUGUAAUAGACUUUAAUUAACCCAAAAGAUUUAAAUGAUAAGCUUUCUUACUUCUGCUGACAUUUCAAAUUGUGACCAAAGUCAAUACAGCUGUUUCACUCAGUUACAAAAUCCCUCCCAGUUUAUCUAUUUAAAACUACGCAUUCUGAUAAUGGCAUUAGGAAGCAUGUGAGUCAUAUCUGAACUCAAAGGCAAUUUUACUCCUCAACUCUGUGAAAAAAAAACUGUGACUGUAAGUGACUGAGAAAACCUAAAUAUAUCUGUACUGCAUCAUGUAACAGAAACAGAAAAAAAAAUGUAAAGAAAGCUUUGAAGUGGUUGUCCAAAACCACAAUUCAUAAUAAACCUUAAGUACGUAUUGUUAUUUAUAUGAGGGUAUUUAGUGGAGUCUCCCCUAAAUUGCAAUAUAAACUGGUGGUGAUGAAUAAAUUUCUCUUUAAGUGCUUUUUUUUUUUUUCGCUGAUGGGAGAAAUUAUGGACCAGCUGUGUGGUCUCAACUGAACAAUUAUUCGCCCUGGCACUUUCAUUUAUCUUCAUAUGUACUGGACUUCUUUAUGUUUGAGCUCAAUACAAAUACAGCGUGCAUGUCAUCUACAUCCAUGUACUCCUGAAUCAUGCGUAAUACUAUUGUCUUCAGUAACUCAUGUCACAUGUAACAUGUCUAAAAGCCACUAAUUUAACUGUCUUAGUUCUUUAGUGCACAUAAUACAUCACUGUACGAGAUUCAUAAGGCAUACCACAUUGUCUGAAAAAUAAGCUGUAUAGUAUAGCUAAAUAAUGUUUUCAUAAUGACCUUGUGUGAUACAGUCUGUACUCUAAUGUAUGACUAAAGCCUUGAAUGUACAAUAAACAUUUUGUACUGCUUUAUAA